AUGGAAAGCAAGUUAUACCCGCUUGUGAAUGCAUACCUGAAUGACGAAAUGCACUAUUCAGCACUAGCAUUGUCUGAGUAUAUAUAUGCACGGGACAAGAGUGAUUUUGCACUUAUCAUGCUAUUGAGAUCGUUAUGUGCAAUGUCUUGCUACGAAAGAUGCAUAGAAAUGAUUGAGUUGAAUGAUACACUAAUGAGAUGCAGCGAUGUCAAGAUAAUCUACUACAAAUGCAGGUAUGCAACUAGAAAGAAGAAUACAGAGUGUGGCCUGGUUGGAAAAGGAAUAGUAGAGAGUGAGAUUGAUGGUACAGAAUGUGGCGAAAUAUAUGAAAGUGUAGAGAAUGCACUGAUGAUGUACAGCACAGAGCACAUAUUGAAAAAAAGCGUUCGUUUGCUGUUUGAAGGUCUGACCAAAGAAGAUGUUAGGCGCAAAGAAAUACUAUUGGAAGCAUACAGGCAUGAUAACUACAACAUGGAGGCACUUAUAAGGAUGAAAAACGAAGGCAUUGUUGAUAAAAAGGAAUUGGUUUCUCUUGUUGAAGACUGUAAGGAUGUGUUUAUGCGUGAAGUGUAUAUGGCAGUAUUCUAUCCCUGCUUUGAGCCAGACCUGUAUUCACUUGCUUUCUAUUCUCCAUGGUAUGGACUAAAAGAGGCAAGGAGAUACUAUAAGAGUGGAAAAGACACGCUGCUGUUUAGCCUAGGCACAUGUAUGGUGAAAAAGUAUCCAGGCUCUGAGUUUUCAUUCAUAUCUCUAGGGCUUUUUUUUCUGAUGGCACAGAACUACCAGGAAGCAAGAAGGUGCUUCUAUAAAGCAGUACAAAUCAACAAUGAAUAUGGAAGAGGAUGGAUGUACCUUGGGAUGGCGUAUUCAGGAAUGAAAGAAUGCGAGAGUAGCAUUUCUUGCCUGAAAGUUGCAUACAAAAAAAUGAUAGGCUCAUAUAAGCCAUCUCUCUACCUUGCUAUUGAGUAUCACAGGAUGAAUAACUUUGAGAGGGCAUCUGUUUUCUACAAACAGGCUUUGAAGAUAAAUCCCGUGAUACAGGCCCAAGAAAGAUACAUUGCGCUUCUCAUAUACUAUGAAUACUACGCAGAAGCAUUGGAAUAUCUGAAUUCACAAAGCAACAGCAUCCUGGAUUUGCUAAGAGUGUAUUGCAAUCUGUUUCUUGGAAAAGUUAAUGAAGCGCAGAAGCAUCUGCUUGCCUGCAAACCCGACUGGAAAUAUUAUGCAACAGCAGGUUUUAUCGACCACCUAACAAAUAGGCUUGAAUCCGCAGCAAGCAAUUACAACAAGGCUCUUCUGAAAAACCACAUAUCGUUGAUCGAGGAACUUCUUGGACUGGCUAUCGAGAACAUAGCAUGUAAACAAAACAACAAUGUGUAUGACUAUGCCUCAGAUCUUUUUGACUGUAUCACGCCAAAGUGUUCAUUUGAGAUCGUUUAG